AUGCGAGAUGAAUUAGUAGAUGAGUUUGCCCGCGAAGAGACGGGCCCUGAAGCUCCGGAAUCUAAGAGCGGACGUUCUGUUCUCUGGCGCCUCGAGGCAAACAACAGGGUGAAAGAGCUAGACCUGCUCGUUGCCAGAAUCACAUCAGGGAUCGAGGCCAGACUAGAUUUGCAUGUAGCUCGCGCUGCCGCGACAGCAGCUGCUUCCCCACCAAGCCAAUAUCAACUUCCCAACGCCCAUUUCCGUAUCGUAGAGAUGCUCAUCCACGCGCUCUACACCGGUCAGCUCCAGGCCAUGAACGCGAGCGGCGUGUUCUACGAUCCACCAGCCUACGAUCUUGUUCAGGUCUUUUGCCUUGCGGAGGAGCUGGAUAUCGAGUGUGUGCAGCAAUGCGUCAUUGUAGACUUCUUCAAGAAGAAGGAGUUUAGCGCAAUAGGCGCGACUGAGACGAUGAAGGUAAUCGUGCUUCUGAAGGAGAAGAAGUUGAAGAAGUGCAAGCUUGAGGCCCUGUUUAGAGCCUGGCUUAGAGUCGGAGGAGCAGAAUUGCAGGAGUAUCUCGGUAUCUUCCAGACAGAGUAG